AUGACGUCCUCAGUGUUCUUCAAAUUCAAGUCCCAGAAGGAACCCUCUAGAGUCGAAUUUGAUGGUACUGGUAUCUCUGUAUUUGAACUCAAGCGUGAUAUCAUCAUCAAGAGUGGAUUAGGUGACGGAACCGAUUUCGAUCUCGCCAUUUAUAAUGAAGAAGGAAAUGAAGAAUAUGAUGACGAUACUACCAUUAUUCCACGAUCAACUUCGAUUAUCGCUCGUCGACUACCUCCUAUCAAGCAGGGAGCGGGAAGAGCCGCAAGAUACAUGUCAGGGCAGAUGCCGAUAAAACAGAAGAAUUCAUCGCGAAAAGAACAAGGGAAGCAGGCAAAUGCAAAGGCUAUUGCAUCUACACAAGGGCUAGCACAAAUGAACAGUGCGAUGACUGAGGAGCAAAAGAUGGCAGCUAUGUUUCAAGCUCAAAGUGAUCAAUGGACGGCACAACAAGAAGAAAUGGCCAAUCAAACACCAGUCUUCCGACCAGGUGGCAAGAAAGGCCAACCACCACCAAACGUUCCGGAUCAUGAACCACCAACUGGUUACAUUUGUUAUCGAUGUGGCGAGAAAGGACAUUGGAUCCAAGUCUGUCCUACGAAUGAUGACCCAAAUUUCGAUAACAAGGCACGGAUCAAGCGUACAACUGGUAUUCCAAGAUCUUUCUUAAAGACUGUAGAGAAGCCAGUGCAGUUGAGCAAUGAUGGUACAUUAGAUGAUACGAAGGCCCCAUCUGGUGUGAUGGUAAAUGCUGAGGGAGAAUUUGUCAUUGCUGAGCCUGAUAAAGCAUCGUGGGAACAGUUUCAAGCUAAGACCAAGUCUUCUGCUGCUGCUCAGAAAGCUGCUGCUUUAGGAGAUAAAGAGUUGAGGGAUAGAGGAUUGGAAUGCGCGCUCGACAUGAGAAUAUUCAUAGAUCCAAUGAAGACGCCCUGUUGUGAGAAGACGUAUUGCAAUGACUGCAUUACUAAUGCUCUUAUCGAAAGCGAUUUUACAUGUCCAGGAUGUCAGACUGAUGGAGUAUUGAUUGAUGAUCUGAAGCCUGAUGAUGAGAUGACUGCAAAGAUCAAGACGUAUUUGGAGGAGAAAGAUACAGCUGCCAAGAAAGAAAAAGAGGAACAGAGAGCUAAAAGUCCUAGCGUAAAGCCCGAAGCCGCCAGAACGCCACCUACAACCAAAGCAUCAACACUUGCAGGCAAAGCUAAAUCACCCACGCCAAAACAGUCACCUAGUCUCAAGUCACCUGAGAUGUCUAAGGUCAUGAAAGGUAGUCCUAAGCAAGGAAAGUCAACUACACCCGUCGUCGGUAUUCUUGGUGCACCUUCAGGACCACAAGGUAAAAAGCGACCUGCGGAUGAAUUACUCGAGAACCCUAAGAUUCCUAAAGGACCCAAGGCUAUGCGUCAAAAAGAAGCUGCCAUGAAUCCACAACAACAGAACAUGAUGAAUGGUAUGAACGGCUACCCAAACAUGAACAACAUGCAACCACAAUUUUACGGAAACGCAAAUGGCUACAACAACGGCAUGCCCAACAUGAACAUGAUGAACAAUUUCGGCAUGGGUGGUAUGAAUCCAAUGAUGAACAUGAACCCCAUGAUGGGUAUGGGUUUCCCGGGUAUGAAUAAUAUGCCUAUGUUCAAUAAUGCAAACGCCUUCGGCAAUAUGAAUCCAAUGAUGAACGGAAACAUUCCACCGAUGAAUGGGAUGGGUAAAGCAGUGGGCAUGUCGAAUGGUGCGGCGGGUGGCUUCCCUAAUCAACAAAAGACGAUUUUUGCGGAGCCCCUGCCGAAUGAAGAGGACAACGCGUAUUUCAGAAAGCCUGUUAACCCACAUAGGCAUGUGGGGAGACAGAGAAGAGCGAGACCAAGUGAUUAUCGGGAACUCUGA